AUGGGGAGAUUCACCAUCACCCUUGUUCCAAGGCCUUUGCUCCCUUUAAAUCGCAUCCCAUGUAAUACACAAGUCUGUCCCCAUCAUGUGUUGUUGGAAGAACUUUUUUCAAAGGUUAACAUCCCUAAUGCAAAGCCUAAGAAGAUGUCCCCUGACUCUUUGGAAAACAAAUCAGCAGAUAUUUUAAAGAGUGGAGGGAAUGCGGUAGAUGCCGCUGUAGCCGUAGCAGCUGCCUUAAACGUGACUGAGCCAUGCAGUACUGGCUUAGGUGGAGACUGCUUCUGCCUCUACUAUGAUGCAAACACCAAACAAGUGUAUGGGCUCAAUGGAAGUGGGCGGUCUCCACAGUCUCUGACUCUUGCGUUGCUAAAAGAACGUGGUUUUGAUGAAGCAAAUCCUCCACCUUCCCAACACGCAUGUAACGUCACAGUUCCUGGUGCAGCAGCUGGGUGGUGCGAUGCUGUGGAGUUGUUUGGGAGCAAAAAUCUUUCCAUGGGGCAGAUACUGCAGCCAGCUAUAGAACUGGCUGAAAAGGGCUUUCCGGUGUCAGAGAUUACUUCCUACCACUGGGAGCGCAAUGCUCAUGUUCUUCAGGCAGCUGGAAACCCGCAUGGGAAGGACCUACUGAUUGAUGGCCAAGCACCUGAGCAUGGCCAGGUUUUUCACAAUCCACUUUUGGCAAACACUUUUAAGGAGCUGGCUAAAUCUGGCAAACAAGGUUUCUAUGAAGGUCGUGUGGCCAAAGCUAUCAUUGAGAUUCUGCAGAAUAAUAGUGGAGUAAUGAAUUCAGAGGAUCUGAAAAACCAUGUCACCGAAGAAGUCAAACCUAUUGUCACAAAUUACAAGAGUGUGAAUGUUUGGGAAAUCCCUCCCAAUGGACAAGGAAUCACAGCAUUGUUAGCCCUGAAUAUUUUAGAAAAUUUCAAUGUGAAAGAAAUGGGCCAUAAUACUGCUAAUUAUUUGCACAUUCUAAUUGAAGCUUUGAAAAUCAGUUUUUCCGAUGCUUUCGGGUUCUGUGCGGAUCCAGAAAAAGUUUCCGUUCCAACAACGGAGCUUCUUUCAAAAUCAUAUGCCAGAAACCGUUCCCAGCUUAUUGAUUUGCAGAGAGCAACUUACAACCUUAAUCAUGGAAAUCCUUUCUCAGUCGGAAGCGACACGGUUUAUUUCACUGUGGUGGAUGGUCAAGGCAAUGCCUGCUCUUUCGUUAACAGCAAUUACAUGGGAUUUGUCUGCCCGCUGCUCCAGUCACUGCCAGGUAUGGGUAUAGACCUGGGUGGCACCGCAGAUGAAGAUAUAGAUUCAGGAGUCUUAUUUGGAACUUUGCGAGGCAAUGUGGUUGGAUUGCGUUACUAUACGGGUGUGGUCAAUAAUAAUGAAAUGGUAGAACUUCAACGAGAGCCCAACAACCGAUUUGACGUGAAUGCUAUAAAAGUAAAUAAUGUGAAUGGAGAGCAGGUAGGCCAUAUUAAAAAAGAACUGGCUGCGUGUCUGGCACACAUCAUGGACAGCAAAUUGGCACUAAUAGAAGGGGUUGUUCCUUAUGGAGCAAAGAAUGCUUUCACUAUGCCAGUACAGCUGAGUUUUUGGGGAAAAGCAGAGAAUGAGGAAGCGGUUCUAAGGUACCUGAAGAAGUAUGGCUUUAAAUUGGCUCCUCCAGAAAAAUGCUUGGGUUUUGGAUAUAGUGGGACAUCAAGCAAAGCUGGAACAAGUUACAGUGCUCCAGUUCAUGCUGCUGUACAAAUGACAACUGAACAGCUGAAGACUGAGUUUGACAAACUGUUUGAAGAUCUGAAAGAAGAUGAUAAAACACGUGAAAUGGAAGCAGCGGGGGCUGUUUUAACACCCUUACUUCCACACCAGAAACAGGCUUUAGCUUGGAUGAUUUCGCGUGAAAACAAUAAGGAGCUGCCUCCAUUUUGGGAAAAGAGGGAGAACUACUUCUACAAUACAAUUACAAACUUUGCUGAAAAAAAGCGACCUGAAAAUGUUCUUGGAGGAAUAUUGGCAGAUGAUAUGGGAUUGGGUAAAACGCUUACCACUAUUGCAGUCAUCCUUACCAAUUUUCAUGGUGGCAGACCUCUUCCUCUUGAAAAGAAAAGUGAUCAGUUGAAGGAGAAAUAUGUUUCUACUGUGAAAAGUGACUUAAAAGUACCCAUUUCUUCAGAUACAAAGGAAGAAAAUGAUUCUGUUCUGCCUCAGUCAUCCCAUCCCAAAAGCCAAAACCCAAACAACACAGCCAGGAACAAGAAAAAAGAGGAAAGGAAUUUGGGAGCUUCUUGUGAUGUUGUGGAAGAUAACAUGUUUGCCUCUGCUCUUGGGGAACUAGCCACGACUUCAAAGAAGACAAAGAAAAAAGGAGGUGCUACUGUGCAGUCUAAGAAAACUGAAGCGGAAGAGAAUCUUAGAGCAACACUGAUCAUCUGUCCACUUUCUGUUCUCAGCAACUGGACUGAUCAGUUUGAGCAGCAUAUUGAUCCAGCUGUUCAUCUGAACAUUUACGUUUACUAUGGUUCAGAGCGCACCAAAGAUCCAGCAAUCCUUUCAAGACAGGAUAUUGUGUUAACAACUUACAAUGUUUUAGCAAGUGACUACAGUGCAAAAAGCAAUAGUACUUUGCACAGUUUUAAGUGGCUGAGAGUGGUGUUGGAUGAAGGACACACAAUACGAAACCCGAAUGCUCAGCAAACGAAGGCUAUACUAGAUUUGGAUGCCCAAAGAAGAUGGAUUUUGACAGGCACACCCAUUCAGAACUCCUUGAAGGACUUGUGGUCUCUUCUUUCUUUUUUAAAGCUGAAACCUUUCACAGACAGAGAAUGGUGGCGGCGAACGAUCCAGCGUCCUGUCACUAUGGGAGAUCAAGGCGGGCUUAAGCGUUUACAAUCCUUGAUUAAGAGCAUUACGCUUCGAAGAACGAAAACAAGCAAAGUGAAAGGGGAGCCAGUUUUGAAGCUUCCAGAUCGUAAAGUAUUUAUUCAGCAUAUUACUCUUACAGAGGAAGAGAAUCUUAUCUAUCAUUCAGUGAAAAAAGAGAGCAAGGCUGCUAUUAUCAGGUAUUUUAAUGAGGGAACUGUUUUGGCCCACUAUGCAGAUGUUCUGGGUGCCUUGCUGAGAUUGAGACAGAUGUGUUGCCACCCACAUCUCUGUGCAAGCGCACCUCCAUCCACCUUUGAAGAAGGUGAUGGUACUCCUGAGCAGUUGCGUUCAAAAUUAAUAGAGAAGAUGAAGCAAGUUCUAAGCUCUGGAUCUGAUGAAGAAUGUGCAAUUUGCUUAGACUCUCUCAGCAUACCUGUGAUAACCCACUGUGCUCAUGUGUACUGUAAGCCAUGCAUUUGUGAAGUCAUCCAAAAAGAGAAGCCAAAUGCCAAAUGCCCUCUUUGCAGGAAAGAGGUUGGAUUACAGCAACUCAUAGAAUGUCCUUUAGAAGAUGCUGAUACAGAAAAGUCUGACCAAGAAUGGGUAUCAAGUUCAAAGAUCAAUGCCCUAAUGCAUGCUUUGCUAGAGCUAAGGAAGCAAAAUCCAGCAAUUAAAAGUAUAGUUGUUUCUCAGUUCACAAAAUUCCUCUCUCUAAUAGAGAUUCCACUGAGGAAAUCUGGGUUUCUCUUCACUCGUUUGGAUGGGAGACUGAGUAAGAAAAAAAGAGUAGAGGCAAUUCAGCAGUUCCAAAGUGCCGAAGCUGGAUCCCCGGCUGUAAUGCUGUUAUCUUUAAAAGCGGGUGGAGUUGGUUUGAAUCUAACAGCAGCCUCACAAGUCUUCUUAAUGGACCCAGCUUGGAAUCCCGCUGCAGAGGACCAGUGUUUCGACAGAUGUCACAGACUUGGGCAGAAGCAGGAUGUUAUCAUCACAAAGUUCAUUGUGAAGCACUCAGUGGAAGAAAACAUGCUGAAAAUUCAGAACAAGAAGAGAGAACUUGCAGCUGGAGCCUUCGGAGCCAAAAAGCCUUCAUCUAGUGAAACCAAAAUUAAUGAAAUUAAAACUUUGAUAGAUUUCUAAUU